AUGAUGCACGUUAGCACACUGCGCAAUGGCGCACCACGGCGACAAGACACCACCCACCUCGACGUGCCUGCUAUCCAGCCCACACACACGCCACCCCGGUCCAGACGGAGAUGCAGACGGUCCCUCGUGCCCGCCGUCACCACCUUGUCGCCCCUUAUUCUCGUCCUCGUUCUUGCCUCCUUCCUGCCCCUCGCCAGCGCCGUAUUUGUAAACUUCCGAGACUGUCUGACACGCAUCUACCUCGCCGACGGCAAGCAGACGCCAUAUCUUCGCUUCACCCCCGAGUACGUCUGGGCAGACUUCAGUCCCGAAUACCGAUUGAACUUUACCGUCUACGGAAAUGUCUCUGGCCAAACCCAGGUUGGCGAAUACCCGCCGCUGGACGACGACAACUGGAAAGACCCAAACAAGACAUUUGGCAAACUCGUCGACCUGAACGAAAACCAAAAACACUACACCACCCUCUUCUGGAACAACAAGGUCGUUUCUUACUCUGCUUACAGCGCACCCCCUGCCCGCUUUUGCCAGUCCGUUCUCAACACCAGCUGUCCCAUUGCGCCUGCUUUCAAUGCAAACGCCAGCCAGUAUUGGACUUUACCAGCCAUCACCGUUGCCCGCGAUUUCAGCAGUUCGUAUGCAUUCUCAACAUGGGCCUCGACAAUGCGCAUUGUCUCUGGAAACGACAACGCCACCCCGCUCGGCUGCAUAUCUGCCAACAUCACACCGGACCUUGGCAAGAAGCUUGCAGACUCCCUUUGCUACUUCCCCGCCGCUAUACUCGCCCUGGUUGGUAUCGCCACCGUCUUUGCCGCUACGUGCAGUCCCUGGGGAACCUCAAACGUCUUCCGCUCCACGAGCAACUACGGUCGAGACGAAGAUCUCUUGCGCUUAGUCACACCAGGUUUUGGGGAUUGUCUGCAGUACAUCCAGUUUAUCGUCCUUGCAGGCAGUCUUAGCCUCAACUACCCAGGCUUCUUCCAGCCAGCCGUCAGCCAGGCCAGCUGGUCGCUUCUUCUCUUCAACCAAAGCUUUGUCAGCGAGGGCAGCGGCUCCCAGAGUCUCAUCGAUGGCAUAUAUUUCGUCAACGGCACCUACGGUCUCACUCGUCUCGGCCAGUAUGUGGGAAUGACAAAAGACGAAGACAUAUGGGCUUGCAUGGCCAUCUUCCUCCUUGUCUUGAUUGCCUGUGUAGUCUCACUUACUCAACUAGGAUUCUUCGUCCGCUGGCUUGUGCGCUGGCUUACAAACACUCAGGACGGUGAUCUGACUGGAAAGAACUGGGCGUUUACUGCUGGCAACAUCGUGCGCGUCAUUUUUAACUACUUUUUGCUUCCCAUCAUAGCGUUGUCGCUAUUCCAGCUCGUUGUAGCACCGCGCUCGCCGACAUCUGUCGUGGUUACCGCCGUCAUCAUGCUCCUCCUUGUCGCUGGUGUGGUUACAUGGAUCUUCUGGUUCAUCUUUACCACGCGCCCCCGAGCCCACUUGUUUGAUGAUCUACCCACCGUCUUGACAUAUGGCCCUCUUUACAACACCUACUCGGACGAUGCGGCACCAUUCGCCUUUAUUCCUGUGUUGUUGACGAUUGUACGUGGCAUUGCCAUUGGUGCUAUCCAGCCCUCGGGCAUCGCCCAAAUCAUCGUACUUGCGAUAUGUGAAGUUAUACUAAUCUUGACCCUGCACGCCUUCCGGCCAUUCCAAUCGAACACGUCGAUGAACGCCUACCACACUUUCUUUUCAAUAAUUCGACUUGUUUGUGUUUUGCUUUCGGUAGCAUUCGUACCCUCUCUCGACGUUGAUGAGGCACCCAAAGGCUGGAUCGGAUACAUCAUCUUGCUGCUUCAUGCUAUUGUUUUGAUAUUCGGCUUCUUCCUGAAUGCUCUUCAGACCAUCAUCGAAGUGUCGGCAAGACUUGCCGGCGUAGGCGGGGACCAGAGAGGUGGUCUUACUGCAGUCUUUGGAAAGCGACAAUUAUCCAAGCGCAAUCUUCAUCGACAUGCUCGCAGCAGUCUCAACUCGAAUGCCGUCAUGCUUGCCCAUGAUGAGAACAAGAACAUCCAGCUCAUGAGCAGUCGAUCCCGGAGUAUGUCUGCCAGUUCGGCUGUUCUUCUGAACCAGCCAUACGACCGAGAUAGCCAACGCGCGAGCGUAGGCUUUGACGGAUUCAGCCAGGGUGACUUUGGAAACGCCAGUCCGUUCCCCGGGCAGAACGCUGUACCUUUCAACUUUCUGGGUGGUGGGUCGGGCCAAAGCUCUAGGCGACCUACCAUGGGUGCAAUGGAUGCCGCCGAUCCAUACUACCGCCCUCCACGACCCAGAAAACAUACUAUGGACUCGAUAACGGCGACCGCACCUGGGAAAGCUCCUGCCCGAAACGCCGACAUUGCUGAUGCUCCAUACUCGGACCAAUUUGAUGCGGACACGACCAUGCCUUUCGAGGGUCCUUCGCGUAAUUCCGGCACUCCAGCUCCGGCAUAUCUUCGACUGAACCGGGACGACUCUGAUUCUAACCUUGACAGAAGGAACAUUACCACGGACUAUUCCGUAAGAGAAUCGGACUUUUACUAUGGUCUUCGCGGUCCUGCUUUGUCCUCACAACCAACGCGCAAGUUGAAGACUGGACCGGCGGAUCCUAUGGGCCCUGUUUCAUCGGCUACAGGUUGGUUCAAGAGCCUGAAUCUUCUUGGUGGGCGUAAGAAGGAAAAGAGCAAAGGUUUCGAAGUCGUCAGAAGCACGCGGAUUCCGCCCCAAAUGAUGACUGUUGAAGAAGACACAACCUCACCCGAAAUCACACAAGAGCCCUAUCGGGACAGUCCAGAAUCGCCUCCUCAGCCGAAGAAUGCACCUGUAACCUCUGGUGUAGCAUCAGCCGCCGUCUUGAGCGGCAACAGACGCGACUCUUCAGACAGCGAAUCGGAUAGCAGCGACGACGACCGGUUCGACCCGAUGCAUCGUGUCUCACCCACGGCGCCGGCUUUGGGUCCCAUUGAGAGUUUUGGCGGAAUUGAGCUUCCCAGUAGAAUUGGGUCACGAUCUUCCCGUAUUACACAACCACCGGGGCCUCCAAGCCGUACGCCUACAAUACCGCGCAAGAACUCGCGGCGAGUGGCGUCAACCGACUCUGAGCUGCUCCAAGAACAAUUGCCAACGGCAAUGGACGUCUCAAAUUCGGCCAGUUCCAGAUACCAGCAUUCCCAGCAGAGCCAUCACUUGAUGCCAGGUGAAUCUGGUGGGUUACCUAUCCGUCUUCCUUUCGGGUCCAACGACCCAUCACCUGAACGGACUCCUGGGCCCUCUGCUGCAUCGAGCAUAUAUCGUCACGACGGCGCCAGCGACUUGAAUGCGCCAGGAGCAAUUGGCACGGGUGAGCGGCCUCUGAGCACCGGCUACGUCCAACAUCACAUGAUGAAAGACAGUGUUCAGACCGACGGCUAUGAUGCUGGAAGCCAUCUUGAAGCUUCGGCAGAAAUUGUUGACCGCAGUCGCAGCGGUAGCACGCAACACAGCAGGCGCAGUCACAACAUGUGA